AUGCCUCCUAUAAGACGAAUUAAUUUAGACAGAAGAGCCCGAACUGCUACAAAACAAGCCAAUUACCGAUCUAAUCGUACUGCGCAAGAACGUGAAGACCAAAUUGAACGUGUGGUGCAACCCCUUGACCCCCUGACCCCUUCAACUAAUGAUCGCUCAAGGUUGAAUCGACCUGCUUUCAGUUACGAUGUGUUAAUUGACUACAAUAAUUACCAAUUUGUUGUUAUUGGUGUUAUGAACUCGGUUUGCACACAUUCAGCAAUUCGCUUACAAAAUAAAAUUGAACUUGCACUCGCUUCUUCGGGAAUCGCAGCAACUUUGCUUGAAGGUGGUCGAACAGCCCUUGCAGCACUUAAAUUGCCAUUAAAUAUGCAAAGCGAUGAAACUCCAACCUGCAACAUUUCAAAGAACUCUGCAAUGGCAAAGGUUUUGCAGCAAUAUAGAUUGAUUGUUUGGGAUGAAUAUAAGUUGACCGGCAUUAACUUUCCUAAAAGUUUGUUAACGCAAUCAAAAGAUGAACUUAUUCACAACGUGUUUCUAGAUGCUUCUCAAAUGUACAGAUACCAUGAUUUUUUGAGCGAACGGGCUAUAUUGGCUGCAAAAAACAUUGAUGUAAAUGAAUUGAAUUUCAAAAUUCAAGAACAAAUUACAGGCGAACCCAGGAUAUAUAAAUCAGUUGAUUCGGCUACUAACCAAGAUGAUGUAGUCAAUCAUCCACGGGAGUUUUUAAACUCGUUGGAUUUGCCACCUCACAAUCUUCAAUUAAAGGUUGGAUCAAUAGUUAUAGUGUUGCGAAAUAUCAACAAACCGCGUCUUUGCAACAGUAUACGGUUACCGAUAAAAAAAUUAGUAAACAAUCUGAUAGAAGCAACUUUACUCAAAGGAAAGCAUAAAGAAGAAGAUUUUCUUAUACAGCGUAUCCCAAUGAUACCGAGUGAUGUGUCAUUUGAGUUUAAACGAUUACAGUUUCCAGUGAGGCUUGCUUGUGCUCUGACCAUAAACAAGUCCCAGGGACAAUCAUUAAGUGUUUGUGGUUCAAUCUAA